AAUAUAGACAAUUCUCAUCCAAAUCUCACAGAGAGAGGAGAGCUGUUACAAAAAUUUCAGUCGCACACAGAAAAUAUAGCGAAGCACUUUUGAGACAGGAAGCCGAAGAAGUCGAAAACCAAGACGAAGGCUAAGAUCUCUGAUUUAAAAUAUAUAACCAGGAGAACGGAAAAAAUAAGGUUUUGCUUUCUUGACUUUUGAUUCAAUCGAGGAAGACGAUUCAUUUGACUCAUUCACUCAGUGAAUGUUAAUGGAGACUUUGAAGUUUAACAUUUGAAGCUUAGAACUUGCCAGUGUCUGAUAUAAAAUUUUGAGAUUGGGAUGGGCUGCAAGUGUUCCAAGCUCUCGACUUGUUGUUGGGAUUCCGAGCAAAAUAAUCCAGCUACUGAGGCCCCAAAUGCUGAACCUGAAGAGAAGAAUGAACUUGAUUUGCCUGCAUUUCAUGAAUACACGGUCGAGCAACUUAGGGUGGCAACAUCGGGAUUUGCUGCGGAAAAUAUAGUUUCUGAACAUGGUGAAAAAGCCCCAAAUGUGGUUUAUAAAGGGAAGCUUGAAAAUCAGAGACGAAUUGCUGUCAAAAGAUUCAAUAGAUCAGCUUGGCCUGAUUCCCGACAAUUUUUGGAAGAAGCAAGAGCUGUUGGUCAGCUUCGGAACCAACGAUUGGCUAAUUUACUUGGGUGUUGCUGUGAAGGUGAUGAGAGGUUACUUGUUGCUGAAUAUUUGCCCAAUGAUACAUUAGCAAAGCAUUUAUUCCAUUGGGAAACACAACCUAUGAAGUGGGCAAUGCGAUUACGUGUAGCUUUACAUCUUGCACAAGCUCUUGAAUACUGUACCAAUAAAGGGCGUGCACUUUAUCAUGAUCUAAAUGCUUAUAGAGUCAUCUUUGAUGAUGAUGGCAACCCAAGGCUUUCAUGCUUUGGUCUGAUGAAAAACAGUAGAGAUGGGAAAAGUUACAGUACAAACUUGGCAUUUACUCCUCCCGAGUAUUUAAGGACAGGAAGAGUUACUCCAGAAAGUGUAAUGUAUAGUUUUGGCACUCUUUUGCUUGACCUUCUCAGCGGUAAACAUAUUCCUCCAAGCCAUGCCCUCGACCUAAUACGCGACAGGAAUCUUCAGAUGCUAACAGAUUCUUGUUUAGAAGGCCAGUUUUCAAAUGAUGAGGGAACAGAAUUAGUACGUUUAGCUUCGCGUUGCCUACAAUAUGAACCCAGAGAACGUCCUAAUCCGAAAUCAUUGGUUACUGCUCUAGAUCCUCUUCAGAAGGACACUGAGGUUCCGUCGCAUGAAUUAAUGGGGAUCCCUCAGAAUGGUGCUGCCUUACCUCUUUCACCACUUGGUGAAGCAUGUGUUAGAAUGGAUUUGACAGCUAUACAUGAGAUCCUAGAAAAGCUUGGAUACAAGGAUGAUGAAGGUGCAGCAACUGAGCUUUCCUUCCAGAUGUGGACCAACCAGAUGCAGGAGACAUUAAACUCAAAGAAGAAGGGUGAUGUGGCUUUUCGGCAUAAAGAUUUUAAAGCUGCCAUUGAGUGCUACACCGUGUUCAUAGAGGGUGGAACUAUGGUAUCUCCAACAGUUUAUGCACGGCGUAGCUUGUCUUAUCUCAUAAGUGAAAUGCCACAAGAAGCCUUGAAUGAUGCAAUUCAAGCCCAAGUAAUUUCUCCAGUUUGGCAUAUUGCAUCCUACUUGCAAGCUGCAUCGCUUUUGGCUCAAGGAAAGGAAAAUGAGGCACAAGUAGCCCUCAAAGAGGGUUCUGUCCUCGAAAGUAAAAAAUAUUAAACUGCUUGACCACCAAAACAAUGAAAGGUCAAAAACAAAAUUUUAUUUUAAAAAAUUGUUCUUUUGUUGAAGAAGACGAGCACCAGAUUGCGUACAGGCAUCGUCUUUGUAUUCGAGUUGAGCAAAUUGAUCAGAGUUUCUAAUAUUGUCAAAAAUCAAAGCAGCUCAGAAUUACAUUUAGAAAUGGGUGGUGGUAGUGGUAGUGGUGAUGGUUAAUGGGUUAUCUUCUAUGGCAUUAUGAACUGGUUCAUUUGUUAUAUCUUGAAGCAUAUUCUUUUGCUACGUAACAUUAUUGGUAUUGGGUGGAUGAGUUGGCAAGGCCAUGGGUUGGUGGGGUGGGUCGGGUUGGGUUGAGUCGGGGAAAAUUAUUGUUUACGACAGGAUUUGCAAAUGGUUUGUUGUUGUUGCUGCUGCUGCCUGGCCUGUUUCAUGGGAGUAACAGAAACAGAUUAUAUUUUUGUAAAGGAUUCAACUUUUGUUUAGAAUGUUACAUUGAAAAGGGUUAUGGGAUGAUGUUAUUGAUGGUGUUCUUCUUCUUGUAAUUUUUGUAAAGCUCCCUUGCUCAUCAUGGCUGUCUGUUAUUUUUAUGGAAAUUGGUUGUUUCCAAGUGUGCUA